ACGCGCAUCUUCAAGAAAGUCAAGUCGGCCAUCAAGGACGGCGGGCUGAACGACGAGGACGGGGGCGACGGCGACGACAACCACAAGUCGCUGACGUACCUGGUGAAGCCAGCCUUGAUUUUCCACCGCGAGGAGAUCCCGCCACCGAACCCACUAGCCGGCAACGUGAUGCCAUUACCGGGCGGCGCACUGUUGCGACUGGCGCCACUGGCGAAUAUCAAGGCGGCGUACGGGAAUCUGUUUGCGGCGUCGCCGUACACUCCUUCGUAUACGCUGAACCAGCCGCACGCGGCGGUGAUCGUCGAGGAGAUCACGGAUAUGCUGAGUUUGAAGAGCUCGCUGCAGCGGCUCGAGGAUGAAGGCGAGGAUGUCAAUGACAGCGACGAAGAAGACGAGGACGAGUACGGGAGGAAGCGUCGUGGAAGGAAGUCCGUCGAGGUGUCGACCACACCGGUGAUCAAUCCGUUCACGCGGCCUGACUUCCCGUUCGGUCUGAUGACGCCGCCGACGGCCGCCGCCACACCCGCGCCAUCCAAAGAAGGGCAAGAAGAAGGAAGGGGACGCCUCGGUCGGCAAGGACGGCAGCAUCACCUAUUGUCGGAAACAUUCCCACCCCGUCCUCCUCCACCCCCGACCCCAAUGCUGCCACAACCAUUGUUGUGCCGGGCUCUGCGGCCCACAUUCGGCGCGUCUUCCUCGAGUGCCUCGCCUGCUUCAUCCUCAUCGGCUGCCCCCGCCAGCAGCUCGUCUCACGAGCCCGAGUCGCACGAGCCCGAGUCGCACGAGUCAGGCAAGGGCGAGGGCAUGCGUGAGGAUGUCGCGCGUGUUGCCCAGGCCCAUUCUACCAGCUCGGCCAAGCCGGAUAUUGGUGAUGUCGCUGUGGGUGGCAACCGCCGGGUGGCCACUGAUUUCGAUCCAUUGAUGGCUGCAGCUUCUGUCCGAGUCGACUGCCUCUGCCCAGUUGCCCAAGCCACCACCUGCGAACCGCCUCUGUCCGAGUCAGCGGCAGACAGCACCAGCGCAUCGGCGCAGGGGACCAAACGCCGCAAGAUGCACGUGGUGCGUGUCUAUCAGGUGAAGAAGAAGAGCGCUGGGUCCUCCGCCGAAUUGCGCAAGCGCGAUGAGGGCAUGGACAAGGCCGACUUCACCAUCACCAUGCCAAACCGGUCUGCAGCAGCCCUGGGCGCCGACGAGUACCAGCCAACAAACGGAGUUCACCAGAAGGUGCGUGCGGCUGAGGACUCGGAGUCUGAUGAAGAGGAGGAUGCUGAGGAGGACGUUAGAUCGACCGAGAGGCCCGAUGUCGAUAUUGAAGGCACCGAGUCCAAGAACGAGAUCGCGGAGACUAUGUCUGCAAUCAGGUCGAUUCUCUCGCUGAUCUCCAUGCAGACCUCCACUGCUGCUCCACAGACCUCCACGACAGUCCCGCAGGCUGCUCUCCUUGAACGCUCAUCCACUUUGGCUGCCUCUGCUGAGUCCACCUCGGUCGUUUCUGCUGAGUCCACCUCGGCCGUUUCUGCUCAUCUUCCUCGGUUAUCUCUGUUGAAUCCACCUCUGGCAGUCUCUGCCGAGUCUUCAUCGGCCGUGUCUGCUGAGUUCUCUACCGCUAGCGUGCAGCCUUCGUCUGCCAGUGACGAGACAUCAACCCACGACGGCUUCAGCGACGGCUUCACCGAUGGCGCCAGCGAUGAGGAAAUUAUCAAGGAGGAGCGUGACGAGAAGGGCGAAGAGGAAGAUGAGGAGAAGGACGAGGAGAAGGAUGAGGAGAAAGAGAAAGACGAGGAGAAGGAGGAGGAGAGGAGAAGGAGAAGGAGAAGGAGAAGGAGAAGGAGAAGGAGAAGGACUCAGACAAGGAGUCCGACAACGGAGUCCGACAAGGAUUCUGACAAGGAUUCUGACUCGGAGGACGAAGACAGUGCAAGCAAGAAGGAGAGCAAGGAGGACGAUUCGGGCUCCGACAGCGACUCUGACACUGACGACAAGGCGUCCAAGAAAUCACAAGACAGCGAUGAUGAGUCCACGGCCCACAAGGACGACGAUGACUCGCACGUCAUGCGUGCAGUCCAGCGCCUGGCAGCUGCCGGCCUCAAGCAGGCCGAGCGCGCAAUCUUCACCAUCCCGGGCGUCCACGUCGUCACUCGCACCAUGGACGAUCUUGAUGAAGAGGAGAUCAUGGGCUUCUCCACCACAUCGAUUCUCGGCGCCCAGCAGGACCUCACCCUGGCUCCCACCCAUGCUCCGCUGUCGUCUCGUGUCUCCAUGACCGCCAACAAGCGCGGCUUGGUCCUAGAGGCUGGCAUGGCCAGCGGCAAGGAGCGCGAGGAGGCCGACAAGGACGAGGACGCUGAUGAUGACAAGGAUGCCGACGAUGAUAAGGACAAUGACAAUGACAAGGCCGAUGGCAAAGAGAAGGAGGACGACGACGACGAUGACAAGGAUGAGGAAGAUGACAGCGACAACAACGAUGAGGGCGACAAGGAGAGCGAUGCCCCCGACACCUCCUCCCAGCCAGCCUUGCCCAAGGCCAGCGCCGACGACCGUGAUGAGGCGGACUCGCCAAAGAGCAACGACUCUGACGACGAGGACGAGAAGAGCCCGGCCAGCUCCAAGGGCAGCAAGUCCCCCGAGGGCGACUCCGACUCGGACGACGAGGAGGCUGACGGCGAUAUUCAGUCCGACGCUCCCUCAGGUGCCACCGGCAGCAGGGCGAACAAGAAGUCCAUGAGCAUCGAUGACGAGGCUGCCGAGUCCGAGGCUGCCAAGAAGGCCGAAGCCGAGGCUGCUGCCGAGUCCAGCCAGCAGGCUGUCGAGGUUAUUAUCACCCAGAUCGAGACUGUCACCGAGAUCAAUGCAUCGGCUAUGUGGAGCGACAGCGACUUUGAGCGCAAUGCUGCUACUGAUGCGUUUUCCGACGACUUCAGCGAUGUCGGCAACCUUGGUGAAUCGGAUGGCGCUGUGGCUUCCGAUGAUGCCGUGGCCGAUGCUACACACACAGCCGCAUCCAUCGAGUCUGCCAGUCCGACCGUUGACCUCAACUCCGACGCUGAGGGCAUGGAUCUUGUGACCCAGCUUGUCCAUGAGGCUUCUGAUGCCAAGUCUGACGUAAACGAGGCCCCGAGUAUCGUUGUCCUGGCGUCCAUUGACGAGGAGUAUGAAGAGGAGUUCUUCAGCGAUGCCAGCCACUCGGCUGAAAGUGAUGCGACCGAGUUUGAUGUCCCGCAUGUCAUGCGGAACUCGGCCGAGAAGAUCAGGGGAGUUGACAAGGAUGCCACGCCCGAGAAGGACGAGAGCGGUAUCCGGGGUAUCGAGCCGAUUCCCGAUGUCAGUGCCAUCAAGGAGAAUCAGAACCGCGCCAUGAACAUUGGUUUGGGAAACCUCCACCGCCAUGUUUAAGCGCAUUUUCUGCCAAUCUCUAACCAACCACCACCCCUGACUUUGCUCUUGACGACCAAGCCAAACCUGUGCAUUACCUUUCUUUUGCAAGCCCCUCUCCAACCACACACCCCUCACCACUGCAUUACGACCUUCCCCUUUUUGCACCACUCCCUCAAGUUCCCGCUUACCAACCUUGCCCUGUGCUGCACGGGCGUCUUUGCUGCAUCUGCAUCUGCAUCUGCAUUCUGUUUGACACUCUCAAACCAGGGUGUUGCUCAUUGUCAAGCAUGUCCAAUAACGACCACUUCAUUUCAUAUUGACACACUCCCAUUUCUGGUCCAGAAAUGCUUUCUUUUUCAUUUACUUCUUUUCUGCUAUCAUACGAAUAACAAAGCUUAUAAUAUUAC